AACAAUGGUUUCCCUAAAUUCUAAAGAGCUUCAUUUCCUUUUGGUACCUUGGUUGGCUCAAAGCCAUAUUAUACCAUUAACAGACUUUGCAAAAUUACUAGCCCUUCAUGGAGUGACUGUCUCAAUUAUCACAACACCUAUCAAUGCCCAAAGGUACAAAUCAAUACUCACUCAUGCUUUAAAAUCCAAUUUAAAAGUCCAACUAAUUCCUCUUUAUUUCCCAAGCCAAGAAUUUGGAUUGCCUCAAGGAUGUGAAAACACAGAUACACUCAAUUCACUAGAGUUGUUUAAAGAUUUCUUUUUGGCAAGUGAAAUGAUGCAAGAACCACUAGAGAAAUUAAUUCAAAAUUUGAAACCAAAGCCAAGUUGUAUCAUUUCCUCUAGUCCUCUCACUUGGACUCAACAAGUUGCCAGUAAGUUCAAGAUUCCAAGGUAUAUAUUCCAAACAGUUUCUUGUUUCAAUCUCUAUUGUUCCCACAUACUAAAUCAGACAAAAAUUCAAGAAACCCUUGUGUUGGAUUCUGAUUCAUUCUUGAUACCUAAUGUGCCACACAAAAUUGAGUUGACAAAAGCUCAAUUGCCUUAUGAUUCAAGAAAGCAAUCUUCUCAAGAUGUACAAAUUAUUAUAGACAAAAUUAAACAGUCUCAAGAUUUAGCAAAAGGUACUUUGAUCCAUACUUUUGAGGAGUUGGAGCCUUGGUAUAUUGAUGCAUACAAGAAAGUUGUGAACAAAGUAUUUUGUGUUGGUCCAGUAUCAUUGUGUAACAAAGAAAUGGAUGAGAUGGUUGAUAGAGGCAACAAGGCCUCAAUUGAUGAGCAUAAUAAUUGCUUGAAUUGGCUUGAUUCUAUGAAGUCAAAAUCAGUCAUUUAUGCUUGUUUUGGUAGCCUUUGUAACAUUUCAUUUUUGCAAAUGAAGGAAAUUGGAUUAGGCUUGGAGUCAUCAAAUGUGCCAUUCAUUUGGAUAAUAAGAGGGUUAAAUUUCACGUCACAAGUCGAAAAAUGGCUAGGGGAUGAAAAUUUCGAAGAGAGGGUUAAAGGAAGAGGGAUGAUUAUUAGAGAUUGGGCUCCACAAGUUCUGAUAUUAUCGCAUCCGUCUGUCGGAGGAUUCCUGACUCAUUGCGGAUGGAAUUUGGCUCUAGAAGGAAUUUCCUGUGGUGUACCGAUGAUUACUUUUCCUAUGUUCGCUGAGCAAUUUUACAACGAGAAAUUCAUCGUGAAUGUUCUAAGGAUUGGGGUUCGAGUUGGUGUUGAAGUGAGUAUGGACUCAUGGGAUGAAGAGAAGAACGGAGUGUUAGUUAACAAAGAUCAAGUCAAAAAAGCAAUAGACCAACUAAUGGAUAAAGGAUUAGAGGGUGAAGAAAGAACAAAAAGAGCAAAGGAGCUAGCACACAUGUCAAAGAAGGCAAUACAAGAAGAGGGUUCUUCAUAUUUGAAUAUCAAAAUAUUCAUUGAAGAUGUAUUGCAUGUACUCAAAAAUAAAGAAGAAGGAAGCUAAUGAUGCACAUAGGACCACCUGAAGUUUACUAGCCAACCCUAAAUCUUUUACAAGUUUCUUUACUUCUAUUGUUCUAGUGGCAUUGUUCCGUAACAUUUGAUUUAUGAUCCAUUACAAAUUUAUUUUAAUAUC